GGUCUGCCCACCAUCUCGCAACCGGCAUGGCACUGGCUUCCAGAUUCUCUGCUCGCAUCGCCCGGACCAUGUCGCCAGCUCUCUGCGCUGUCGCCCAGAUCACCUCCACUGCAGCGGUCGCGGACAAUCUGUCGGCCUGUCUGUCGCUGACGGCACAGGCAGCUGCUCGCGGCGCCCAGAUGAUAUUCUUCCCGGAGGCGACCGACUUUAUCGGCCAAUCCAAAGAGCAGACGCUGGAGCUCACCGAGUCUCUGGAGGGAAACUUUGUCAGCACCCUGAAGAAAGCUGCCCAGGAACACAACAUCUUCAUCUCGGUCGGGGUGCAUGAGAAGAGCAAGGACGAUGCGAAGCGCAUCUUCAAUUCGCACCUCGUCAUCGAUCGUGGCGGCACUUUGGUUGGGUUGUACCGCAAAAUCCACCUGUUCGAUGUGGACAUUGCAGACGGACCCAAGUUGCUUGAGUCGGCCAGCACGAUCCCUGGAAGCGAAGUUGUUGCUCCUGUGACAACCCCCAUUGGCCGAGUGGGACUAUCUGUAUGCUACGAUCUUCGGUUUCCGGAACAAUCGCUUUUGCUCCGCAGGAUGGGCGCCCAGAUCCUGACGUAUCCAUCAGCAUUUACAGUGAAGACUGGGCUUGCACACUGGGAGAUCCUCCUCCGGGCACGAGCAAUCGAAACCCAGUCCUUCGUCGUUGCCGCAGCACAGACCGGCUGGCACAACGCCAAGCGAGAGUCGUUCGGCCAUGCAAUGAUCGUCGAUCCAUGGGGAACGAUCGUUGCCCAGUGCGGCGAACAGUCGCAGCAACUGGGCUUUGCCGAGAUCGAUCUGGGCAGCCUCGACAAGAUCCGCACCGAGAUGCCGGUGGAGAACCAUCGCCGCAGCGACGUCUACCGGCUCGACCUGGUGUGAACAGCAUUGCUAGUGGUGCUGGUGGUGGUGCUGGUGGUGGUGGUGAUGGUGGUGGAUUCAAGGACAUCGAUGCGCCAUGGGCCCCACGACGGCCGCCAUGGUGUCGAACAA